GCCAUCCAUUUUCUUUUUUCAUCGCCAUCCUGUUCGUGCUAGAAAAUACACCCAGUUAGUUACACUUACACACGUUCACAUUAAAAUACCAUCAAAAUGGCUAACCUAUCGCUCCGUUUGGCCACAAAAAUUGGAAAACAAUUAAACAACACAUUGCCCCAGAUAAGCAAGGCUUCAUGGACCACAUCAAAACUUAUCAGUCGGUCAUUACAUAUAACAUGCAGUGCACGAGCUGCAGAAAUUUCUUCUAUUUUGGAAGAAAGAAUUUUGGGAGCUCCACCCAAAGCUGACUUAGAAGAAACUGGCCGUGUUUUAAGUAUUGGUGAUGGUAUUGCUCGUGUUUAUGGAUUAAAAAAUGUGCAAGCAGAAGAGAUGGUGGAAUUUUCCUCUGGAUUGAAGGGUAUGGCUCUUAACUUGGAACCUGACAAUGUGGGAGUUGUAGUAUUUGGUAAUGACAAGUUAAUCAAAGAAGGUGAUGUUGUUAAACGUACUGGUGCUAUUGUGGAUGUACCAGUUGGUGAAGACCUUCUUGGACGUGUGGUUGAUGCCUUAGGUAAUACUAUUGAUGGUAAAGGACCAUUGACAUCUAAACUUAGGUACCGUGUGGGUAUCAAGGCCCCAGGUAUCAUUCCUCGUGUGUCUGUACGAGAACCUAUGCAGACUGGUAUUAAGGCUGUUGACUCACUUGUACCCAUUGGUCGUGGUCAGCGAGAAUUGAUCAUUGGAGACAGACAAACUGGUAAAACUGCUUUGGCUAUUGACACUAUUAUCAACCAAAAGAGAUUUAAUGAUGCACAAGAUGAAAAAAAGAAACUGUACUGUAUUUAUGUUGCCAUUGGACAAAAGAGAUCAACUGUUGCCCAAAUUGUAAAAAGAUUGACAGACACUGGUGCAAUCAAAUAUACCAUCAUUGUAUCAGCUACAGCUUCUGAUGCCGCUCCCCUGCAAUAUCUUGCUCCAUAUUCUGGAUGUGCCAUGGGUGAAUUUUUCAGAGAUAAUGGCAAACACGCUUUAAUCAUCUAUGACGAUUUAUCUAAACAAGCUGUUGCUUACCGUCAAAUGUCCUUGUUGUUGAGACGUCCACCUGGUCGUGAGGCCUAUCCUGGUGAUGUGUUCUACCUCCACUCUCGUCUAUUGGAACGAGCAGCUAAGAUGAGCGAAACUUUGGGUGGUGGAUCUUUGACUGCAUUGCCCGUAAUUGAAACUCAAGCUGGCGAUGUGUCUGCAUACAUUCCCACUAAUGUAAUUUCCAUCACUGAUGGACAGAUUUUCUUGGAAACUGAAUUGUUUUACAAAGGUGUCCGUCCAGCUAUUAAUGUAGGUUUGUCUGUAUCUCGUGUCGGUUCUGCUGCCCAAACUAAGGCCAUGAAACAAGUAGCUGGUUCCAUGAAACUGGAAUUAGCUCAGUAUCGUGAAGUUGCAGCUUUUGCUCAAUUUGGUUCUGAUUUAGAUGCAGCUACUCAACAACUUUUGAACCGUGGUGUUCGUCUUACUGAAUUGUUGAAACAAGGACAAUAUGUACCAAUGGCCAUUGAAGAACAAGUUGCUGUUGUGUACUGCGGUGUACGAGGAUUCCUUGAUAAAAUGGAACCAUCCAAAAUUACUACUUUUGAAAAAGAAUUCUUACAGCACAUCAAAACCUCUGAAAAAUCAUUAUUAGAAAGCAUUGCAAAAGAAGGAAAAAUUACAGAUGAAACUGAUGCAAAAUUGAAAUCUGUUGUUACUAAUUUCUUAGCUUCAUUCAAUGCUUAAGUAUUUUUAUAUGAUUGAUAAGAAAACACGUUAGUUCUCAGAAUGUUUCCAGCUCUUUUUAUAAAAGGGUUAUCAUCGUUAAGCCUACUGUUGUUCAUAGUACCAUAGCCAUUCAAUUUGUAUUUACUUUACCCUUUUAUAUAAAUUGUGAACUACAUUCAAAGAACUGGAUUUCCACAAUAAUUAUAAUUAGUAAUAAAUUUUUUUUUUUGUCUAUCAA